AUGUCUGAUCCACAAGAGUUAUUGAAGAGGGCUGAGAAGAAAGGUGUGCCAAGUUCUGGCUUUAUGAAAUUCUUUAAUGGCAGUGACUCCUACAAGUUUGAGGAGGCCGCUGAGUUAUGUGUACAGGCUGCAAACAUUUAUAGGUUGCGCAAGGAAUUGAGUGCUGCUGGUGAGAGUUUCCUGAAAGCUGCGGAUUAUCAAUUGAAGGCUGGUAACGAUGAUGAAGCAGCCAAUACAUUCAUUGAAGCGUUUAAAUGCUUUAAGAGCAGUGGCUCCUUUACAGAUGCAGUAAGCUCGUUAGAAAGCGCAGUAAAUCUAUUCACUAAGAAAGGCCAGUUUAGGAGAGCAGCUAAUUUCAAGUUUGAUCUUGGUGAGAUUCAAGAGAACGAUCUCACGGAUUACAAGAAUGCGAUUGAGUCCUUUGAGACUGCUGGUGAAUGGUACGAACAAGACCAAUCUAUGGCUCUUGCGAACAAAUGUUAUGUCAGAUGUGCUGAUCUGAAAGCACUUGACGGACAGUAUAUUGAAGCCAGCGACUUAUAUACUAAGUUAAUCAAGAAUAGUCUUGGUAACAGAUUGAGCCAGUGGUCCUUGAAAGAGUAUUUCCUGAAGAAAGGCCUAACACAAUUAGCAGCUAACGACACAGUAGCAGCAUCAAGAACUGUACAAGAAGGUAUGAAGGACGAUCCAAAUUUCCAUGAUUCUCGCGAGUGCAAUUUAUUACAGGGCUUAAUCGAAAGUGUCAGUGAAGGAGAUAGUGAAAAAUUGUCACAAUUGGUGUUUGAGUUUGACAAGUUCUCAAAACUAGACAAGUGGAAGACCACCAUCAUGCUGAAGAUAAAAGAAACAAUCACGGAGGCUGAAGAUGACUUAUUGUAG